UGGAUCUUCUUGUAAAUGAGCGUUUCAGCUGGAGGAGAGAGUCAGUUAGGAUCUGUGAAGUGUCUGUGUUCAACAUGCUCUGGACUGCAGGUCUGUGCCUCCUCUGGGCCUCGUCCAUCGUCGGAGCCCCGGCAAACAAACAGAGACAGAAGGUGCUGCUGAUCUCCUUCGAUGGUUUCCGAUGGGAUUACGACCGGGAUGUGGACACGCCAAACCUCGACAAAAUGGCCAAGGAUGGAGUCAAAGCUCUGUAUGUCACACCUCCUUACCUCACUGUCACCAGUCCUUCACACUUCACCCUCUUGACAGGCCGCUACAUUGAAAAUCACGGGGUAAUCCACAACAUGUGGUUCAACACAACCACCACUGAGAAAAAGCCUUACUAUCAGACUCAGUUUGUGAAUGAGUGGUGGGACAAUGGCACUCUGCCUAUCUGGAUCACGGUGCAGAGACAGGGCCUAAAAGCUGGCUCUCUUCACUUUCCUGGCACAGCUUCCAGUUACCAGGGACAGGUUGCUAUGGUGCGGGAAGUGGAGCCAUUGCUUUACAACUACAAGAACGAGACCGCCUGGCGAGAGAACGCAGACAAGGUGAUGGGCUGGUUCAGGGAUGAGGGUCUGGACUUUGUAUCCCUGUACUUUGGUGAGCCAGAUGGCACAGGCCACAGAUACGGGCCCGACUCCCCGCAGCGCCAGGAGAUGGUGAAGCAAGUGGACCGGACGGUCGGCUACAUUCGACACUCAGCUGAACAACACGGGCUGACCGACCGCCUAAACAUCAUCAUCACGUCAGACCAUGGCAUGUCCACGGUGUACCGCAACGGCCUGGUGGAAGAGAUCACCCUGUCCAAGAUCCCGGGUUUCUCAUUCAGCGACGUGUCCUUCCACCUGGUGGAUUAUGGCCCUUCGGCAAUGCUGUUGCCAAAGCCGGGCAAGCUGGAGAAGGUUUACAAUGCCUUGAAGGGGGGCCAUCCACACCUCCAUGUGUACAAGAAGGAGGAGAUGCCAGAGUGUCUCCAUUUCUCCAAAAAUGAUCGUAUCCUCCCCAUCAUUUUAUGGGCUGACCCCGGGUACCUAAUCAAUGGGUAUUUCCCGGUUCAGUUCAACAAGGGUGAGCACGGCUUUAACAACCAGGAGAUGGACAUGAAGGCCUUCUUCAGGGCAGUGGGUCCAGCGUUUCACAAGAACCUGGAGGUGGGGCCCUUUGAGACGGUGAACAUCUACCCCUUGAUGUGUCACAUCCUGGGCAUCCAGCCGGAGGUCAACGACGGCCACUUGAACGCCACCAGGCGCAUGCUGGUGACCAGCGCUGCUACUCGGGCUGCAGAUGUGAAUUUUCUGCAAAAUGUCUUCACUGGACUGGCUGCAGUGGCAGGGUUUCUCGUUGUAGUUUUUAUCGUGAUGACAUCCCACAAAGUGCUCAAGAACAAGCGUGAGAGGAAAAGAUCGGGGAGUUCAGAACCUCUUCCAGAAAAAGAAACGACCAAACAAACUUCGCUCUGACCGUCACACAGGAAAUAAAGCUUGAUGCUACACUCUGAGGCACAAUGACUCUCUUUAUCCCACCUGAGGAAAUGCACAAGAACCAGAGAGCACAGUUCUGGGGAUGAAAUGAACUCAAUAAACAAACAGAUCACAUCUCAGUUUUUGUUUAUUGUGUGUAGUAUUUUGUUUGGUAGAAAUGAUGCAGUGCGUGAGUAAACAAGGCUGUGUGUGUAUUAUUAUGUGUGUGUUUCACAGCGUGUUGUAAUUGAUGUUUAAAGUACAGUUGAAGUACCAUGUAAUUACAUUGACUUGUGUUUAUGAGGUCAUAACUGCUCCACCGUGAGUAA